AUGAAACGGAGAACCAUCUUGGACACGCCUAAAUCCUUCAGCUCCUUCAGCUCUGUCUCUGUCACGUUCGACGGGACAAUCUAUGAACAGGUGCAGGGCACACCAAUGGGUUCGCCGAUUUCCGGAUUCAUCGCCGAGGCGGUCCUGCAACGGUUAGAGUCGCUGGUCUUCCAACACAACAGACCGAAAUUCUGGGCACGGUGUGUGGAUGAUACCUUCGUCUUCAUCGAACGGGAUCAGGUGCUGACAUUCCAAGAACAUCUCAACGCCGUCUUUCCGGACAUUCAAUUUACGAUGGAGGAGGAAGAGAACAACCAGCUGGCCUUCCUAGGUGUGAUCGUAUGCCGCAAGGAUUGUGGUGGACUAAAGACCAAAGUGUUCAGGAAAGCGACAAAUACGAUGCAAGUACUGAACUUCAACAGUAACCACCCAAUCAGCCACAAACGCAGUUGUGUAAGGACGCUCUAUCGGCGUAUCGGAACGCACUGCAGUGAGCCGGAAGACAAAAUUGCUGAACUACAAUACCUCCCACGGGUCUUCAAAGCCAAUGGCUACCCGCGCAACUUCGCCGACCGGUGCAUACGCAAAAGGGACGAAAGGCCUAACCGCACCAAGUCUUGGCGAGCGCUUCCGUAUGUCAAGAACGUUUCGGAAGCUGUCGGCGGCCUUCUCGCACCACUUGGGGUUGGAGUGGCACACAGACCGGAGGCAACCAUCAGGCGUCUGAUCAUGAAACCGAAAGACCCACCGCCACGGCUAGAAACGUCUGGAGUCGUUUAUCGGAUCUGGUGCAGUUGA